AUGUCCACGCCUACAGAACCUGGCGCCAUGCCUCAUCCUGGUCCUUCCCCUGGGCCAGGACCUUCACCUGGACCGAUUCUAGGACCUAGCCCAGGACCAGGGCCAUCUCCUGGCUCAGUUCACAGCAUGAUGGGUCCAAGUCCUGGUCCUCCCAGUGUCCCACAUCCAAUGCCGACAAUGGGGCCUACUGAUUAUCCACAGGAAGGCAUGCACCAAAUGCAUAAGUCUGUUGAUGGCUUGCAUGAAAAAGGAAUGGUUGAAGAUGUUCAUUGUGGCUCCAUGAAGAGUAUGAGACCUCCUCACCCUGGAAUGGGCCCACCUCAGAGUCCAAUGGACCAGCAUAGCCAAGGUUACAUGUCUCCACACCCAUCUCCACUAGGAGCACCAGAACAUGUGUCCAGUCCAAUGUCUGGAGGAGGUCCAACUCCACCACAGAUGACUCCCAGUCAGCCAGGACCCAUUAUACCAGGAGACCCACAAGUUAUGAACCAACCUAACAGAGGUCCUUCCCCUUUCAGCCCUAUGCAGCUUCAUCAGCUACGGGCUCAGAUUCUAGCAUACAAAAUGUUAGCUAGAGGUCAGCCUUUACCAGAAAACCUAAAAAAGAGACCCCUGCCUGGCAUUCAACAGCAGCAGCCUCCCAGUGCCUUCAACAGACAGUCUGGUAUUGGGUUACAUACAAUGAGUGGUACUGCAGCUGGGCCAGGACCUGCUCCAGGAAUGCCUGGACAUACAGCUGCUAUUACCCCUAAAACUUGGACUGAAGGCCAGGCUCCCGAUCUGAGUGUCUCCAGUGCUCAGCAAAAGCUUCCUGCGCCACCCCCGAGCGGACGGCCUUCUCCUGCCCCUGCUGCUGCCCAGCCUGCUGCCACCAUGCCUGGGCCCUCUGUGCCACAGCCACCAGCCGGGCAGCCUUCACCCAUUGUUCAGCUGCAGCAGAAGCAGAAUCGCAUCAGCCCUAUCCAGAAGCCACAAGGAUUGGAUCCUGUUGAAAUACUCCAAGAACGUGAAUACAGGCUUCAGGCUCGAAUUGCUCACAGAAUCCAGGAACUGGAGAACUUGCCUGGUUCUCUGCCCCCUGAUCUGCGAACCAAAGCUACAGUGGAGUUGAAGGCACUUAGGUUACUGAAUUUCCAGCGCCAGCUAAGACAAGAGGUGGUAGCCUGCAUGCGUCGUGACACAACACUGGAGACAGCACUGAACUCCAAAGCCUACAAAAGAAGCAAGCGCCAGACUUUGAGGGAGGCCCGUAUGACAGAAAAGCUUGAAAAACAGCAGAAGAUAGAACAGGAGAGGAAGCGUAGGCAGAAGCAUCAGGAAUACCUGAACAGCAUAUUGCAGCAUGCUAAAGAUUUUAAAGAGUACCACCGGUCAGUCGCUGGGAAAAUUCAGAAACUUUCCAAAGCAGUAGCAACUUGGCAUGCCAACACUGAGCGUGAGCAGAAAAAAGAAACUGAAAGAAUUGAGAAAGAAAGAAUGAGGAGACUAAUGGCUGAAGAUGAAGAAGGUUAUCGUAAGCUAAUUGACCAAAAGAAAGAUAGACGCCUGGCCUACCUGUUGCAGCAGACUGAUGAGUAUGUAGCUAACUUGACUAACCUGGUCUGGGAGCAUAAACAGGCACAAGCAGCCAAAGAGAAGAAGAAGAGAAGAAGAAGAAAGAAG